AUGAAGUUGGAUACGCUCAGAUUGCCUUCCUGGGAAGAUAUCCCGGAAGUCCCCGGUAUGCCUCAUGGCUGUAUCUGGGGUAUGUUUGAUCAAGGUGGGCAACGCGAUCAGCUGGGUACUUUGAAUUUACUUACCCCGAUGACGGUGAUGAAGGCCAAGGAGGAGAUACAGACAGGGGAAAGUGUGUGUCUAAAUUGGGGUUUCGAGCACCCACAGACCCCAGGUGUGAACCGAAAGAAGUUUUCACACAGCAUUAUCAGUUUACGACACCUUGGAUAUGUGGCAUAUGAUGAUGAGGUCUCAAUAAACACCCAAAGUGGUAGCCAGUGGGACGGAUUUAGACACUGGGGACAUCAAGCCACAGGGCUGCACUACAACGAUCUUCCUCACGACGACAUUACUGAUCUGAAAUGCAAAGAUAACUCUAUUCAUUACUGGUCUGAACGAGGCGGCAUCGUUGGUCGUGGAGUUCUCAUCGACUACCACUCCUGGGCGGUUGCAAACAACGUGGAGCACCCGGCCAUACGACGGACGCCUCUCACAGUAGCAGACAUUGAAAGAGUUGCACAGCAUCAAGGGGUCCAAUUUCGACAAGGAGAUAUCCUGAUCAUCCGGACUGGGUGGACGGAGUGGUACAACAACAGCACUGGGGAAGAACAGGCGGCUGGAACGCAAGGCAAUGAACACAUUGGUCUCGAUAGUACCGAGGAAACGGUUAAGUCGUUAUGGAGUAGACAUUUUGCGGCAGUGGCCUCAGACACUCUAGCCUUCGAGGCGUGGCCGACUCAGCCGCCUUACAGUGAGACCUUGUGCUGA